AUGGAAAGCUCUCAUUACGCGCAACCCAACUCGUCCGCGCCCCCUCAGACAUACCCAUCUCCCACGGCCGUGUCGCCUCAUCAUCUUCAAUCCGCUUCUCCUCUUCCCCAGACGCUGCCUCCGUUGCAGCCCUCCGCGUCUAACAUGCAGCUAUACGGAAGCAACCCGCAUACGCCGCGGACCCCUGGCACCCCGAACACGCCAAACUCGAACCAUGCCAAUCUGCCUAGCUACCAGCAGCAGACGUCGCAACCAGGAGCGAGCCGUGGCAUGUACUCGAUGCCGCCCCAGCAGCACAACCAGUACCAGCCGCAGCCUGGCUACCCAACGUCGGGCGGUAUGAUGCCCCAGGCGACCACCACCUCCGCGGGGCCUCAGCCCAUUGCACCUGCUCCUCCUGGUGGCAACCGCGGUCCUCCUGUCCUGAGACCUAUGCCCCCGGGUGGCAUCAUGUCGCAGCAGCCCGGCGCGCCUUCGCCGUACGGGCCUGGUGGCCAGAUGAUGCAGCAGCAUCAGCAGCAGCCCAUGGUGCCCGAAGGCGAACAGCCCACGCACGUUGUCGGCUCUCAGGGUCGUAGAGGUAUCCUGCCCAGUGCCCCUGGCCGUCCUGCUGCACCGGCCGCUGGUACUGGAGCCAAAAGCACGGUCAUCCCUGUCAAGGAUGCCGAUGGCAAAUUCCCAUGCCCCCACUGUACCAAGACGUACCUGCACGCAAAGCACUUGAAGCGCCAUCUUCUCCGACACACCGGCGACCGUCCUUACAUGUGUGUACUCUGCCGGGACACCUUCUCUCGGAGUGACAUCCUCAAGCGUCACUUCCAGAAGUGCUCCAUUCGCCGCGGCAACCCUACGGGCGUCAGCCAUCUUUCGCACCCCCAGGCGCACGUCAAGAAGCAUGCUCAGCGCGCCGCUGCCGGUCAAGAGGGUGAUCUUAAUCAGCUCAACGGCCUUAACAACAUGCCUCAAGAGAACAUGGGUCAGCACCCCUUCGGCAUGGUGCCCGUCCAGGACGGCAUGAGCAACAUGGGCUCCGACCAGAACCACAUGUCUCGCUCCAGCAGCAUUGGCCGACUUGACAACUCUAACGGAGAUCGCAGGGCCAUGCCGCCCGGUCCUCCCCCGAUGGGUGGUUCGCAGCCCUACGGCAGCAACGAGGUGCAAAACUCGAUGAAUGGCCAGCCCAUGUCCAGCUACAGCAUGCCUCCUGGUCAAAACGGUAUGCCCACCGGUCAGAAUGGGAUGCCGAUGUAUGGAAGCUCGAACCCGAAUCAACAGUCUGGCCUUGACUGGUCGCAGAUGUUUCAGGCUGACGCAGACCGCAACCAGAACCGAUCCUGAUUCUAGCGAGCCGUGCCCGAUCGAUGCCAAGCUUCUGCAGCCAAGCACGGAUCUUUGUGUGUCAAAAGCUGUUCGACUGUAUUCUAAGACUUCCACCUUUCUCGAAGGCCUUUUCGAACUCUUCCCGUCGCCUUGGGGCCAAAUACCAACAACUUGUUUGAUUCGCUAAAGCGCCGCGUCUCUUCUAGAGGCAUAGCCUCCUCUCCUGAAGACAGCGGAGUGCAACACGAGUCACUUAGAUGUGGCGCGUGGCUACCCACAUUCGACGAGGAAGGCACGUGAAAUCUGGCAUCUACGUGGAACUGGAC